AUGGCGGCCGCGGCGGAGGAGGCAGCGGGAAGCGGUGGCGGCUCCCCGUCCUCCGCCCGGCGACGGCUGCGCAUCAUCUCCGGGCACCUGCGGGGCUCGCCGCGGGCUCCGGAGCGGGAAGCGCUCUCCCCGAGUCCCUGCAAGGCGCAGGGAGGCUCCCCCGGGCCGGUCUCCGGCUCCAUCCCGAAGAAGCGGCAAGAACUUCUGAAGUGGAAUGGAUGGGGAUAUAAUGACUCCAAAUUCAUCUUCAAUAAGAAGGGUCAAGCAGAAUUCACAGGAAAAAGGUACAGAUUAGGUGGUAUGGUAUUACCAACUUUUAAGGAAUGGAUAGAAAAAACCUUUGGAGCAAGUCUGGACCACAAAACUACCUCUAGAGCAUCCUUAAAUGUUAAUGAUGUACCUCCAUCCAUUGUAAAUGAAGAAUUUCUUCAGGAUCUUAGAGCCACUAAAAUCUCCUAUUCACAGGAUGCAGAAGACAGGGUCUUCAGAGCUCAUGGCCACUGCCUACAUGAGAUAUUUGUACUCAGGGAGGGAAUGUUCAAGCGAAUUCCUGAUAUAGUUGUAUGGCCUGUUUGCCAUGAAGAUGUAGUUAAAAUUGUGGAAUUAGCCUGCAAACACAAUCUCUGCAUAAUACCAUUUGGUGGAGGGACAAGUGUCUCUAGUGCCCUUGAAUGUCCUGAAGAAGAAAAAAGAACAAUUGUCUCACUGGAUACAUCACAAAUGAAUCGGAUUCUCUGGAUAGAUGAGAAAAACUUAACAGCUUGUGUGGAAGCUGGCAUUGUUGGACAAGAUCUGGAAAAACAGCUUGCUGAAAGUGGCUUCUGUACAGGCCAUGAACCAGACUCCAUGGAGUUCAGUUCACUAGGAGGAUGGGUAGCAACACGAGCAUCAGGCAUGAAAAAAAACAUCUAUGGAAACAUUGAAGAUCUGGUGAUUCAUAUAAAAAUGGUAACUCCUAGAGGAAUAGUAGAAAAAAACUGUCAAGUACCUCGCAUGUCAACAGGACCCGAUAUCCAUCACUUCAUUAUGGGAUCUGAAGGAACUCUUGGAGUGGUUACUGAAGUUACGAUAAAGAUUCGCCCAGUCCCUGAAUACCAGAAGUAUGGCUCUGUGGUCUUCCCCAACUUUGAACGAGGGGUGGCCUGCUUAAGGGAAGUGGCAAAGCAGAGAUGUGCUCCUGCAUCAAUUCGCCUUGUUGACAAUGCACAGUUUCAGUUUGGUCAUGCUCUUAAACCACAAGUUGCUUCCAUUUUUACAUCAUUUUUGGAUGGACUGAAAAAAUUCUACAUCACAAAGUUUAAAGGAUUUGAUCCCAACAUACUGUGUGUAGCUACCUUGCUCUUUGAGGGUGACAGAGAGAAGGUUCUUCAGCAUGAAAAGCAAGUCUAUGAUAUUGCCACCAAAUUUGGUGGCUUGGCAGCAGGAGAAGAUAAUGGACAGAGAGGAUAUAUGUUGACAUUUGUCAUUGCUUACCUUCGGGACCUGGGCUUGGAUUACUAUGUAAUAGGAGAAUCAUUUGAGACAUCUGUUCCUUGGGAUAGGGUUUUGGACCUUUGUAGGAAUGUAAAGGAAAGGAUAGUAAGAGAAUGCAAAGAAAAGGGUGUUCAGUUUGCUCCUCUUUCCACCUGCAGGGUGACACAGACGUAUGAUGCAGGUGCAUGUGUCUACUUCUACUUUGCCUUUAACUACAGAGGAAUUAGUGAUCCUAUUCAUGUCUAUGAACAAAUUGAGAGGGCUGCUAGAGAAGAAAUACUUGCCAAUGGAGGAAGUCUGUCACAUCACCAUGGAGUAGGCAAAUUGCGGAAGCGCUGGAUGAAGGAGAGCAUCUCUGAUGUUGGCCUGGGAAUGCUGAGAUCCGUUAAAGAAUACGUGGACCCCAAUAACAUCUUUGGAAACAAAAAUCUUUUAUAAAGCCCUGCACAACAUGAUGUACUACAAUUUCAAAAUUGCUGUUGAAAUUCCUCCACUUUCAUUGUAUUGAUAUCCCAGUAAUCAAAUAUAACAUAGACUACACUUUGAAAACUAGUAACUUACUUUGAUUUUUGCCACCCCCUUCCCCCAAUAAAGUGUAAACAUCACUGUUAAUGUUCAUGGAUUUUUACUUACAAUGCUCUUAAACAACCCACUGGGCACAAAGUGUAUUACCAACCAGGAAAUGCAAAUUUGGUUUUCCAAGUUUGGUUAGACAACACAGCUGAUAGUAUUUUCAAUGCUGGAUACUGCCAGAUGUUUCUUACUAAAGCAUCCCCUGCAAGGAUAACAAAGACUGACAACAGUGUUUUCUACAGAAGCAGCUGCUCAACCCAGCCUCUUGCUAAAGGAAAGCUGCUAGGAGACAGAUGAGAGAACACCAAGGAGUACUUCACUGUGCUGAAGGAUUAAGUAUGUAACAGACUUGUAACCAGCGAAUAGUUAAAGUACAAAUGUAGGCUUUGAUCAAAAGAGACAAUGUAAGUCAAACUACUUCUGAACACUCAGUCUCCAACCGUAGUACUAUUGGAAAAAUCUUAGACAAUUGAGCUGUUCUGAGUUGUAUUUGCAUUGCUGGGAUAAUCCUAUAUUAAUCAUAGGUCAGUCACUAUAAGUUUUGUACAAUGGACAUUUCUCACUGUAUGUUGAAAACAGGUUUGUAACAAAACUUUGCCUUCAUCUGUACUUCAAUCCUAGUGUGUAUGGUUUCUGCUCCUGUUUUGUUUGUUUUGCAGAGAUGCAAAAUAUCUUUUUUCAGUAAAAAAAAAAGUUUUGGCUAUUCAGAUGAAACUGCCCAGCACUGUCUUUUGAAACAGUCUCAACAGUUUAAUAAAACAUUUAAGUGGACAAUAUACUGUCAUCCUGAAAGUGAGAUUUCCCAUUUUAGUUUUGUACAGUUUCCUAUGGCUUUUAUGAAUCAUUUAUUUACUUCACUAAUAGCCACAAUUUUAAUUGUCCAUUUAACUUUAAGAAAAUGAAAUAUUUUCUUGAUCAGUAUCAUGAGAGUAAGCAUUUUUACAUGGAAACUUGAAUCUUAAUCAGUAAAACAAACUAAAACUAUUUGUCAGUACUCAUGAUCCAUUUUUAAGGUGGGUUCUUUUCUUAAAGCAAAUUAUCCAACUUUUUGAUAAUUAAUGUAUAUGAUUGCAUAGAAUAGAAAAAACACAGACUAUCCUUUGAGGACACUGGCUCUCUAGCCAACUGCUUCACAGCUCUGUAGUGUCAGUUUGGACACCUUUUGUAUUGGUAGUGCCCUUAAUGAGGAGAAAAAGAUAAAAUUGCAUUUUUGUUUUUAAACUAUUUUAGAAUACUGUCUAAUUAGCUUUCAAUUGUGGUAAUAUACCAAAAAGAGUAAAAUGCUUGAAAAAUACUGCAUAUCAGACAACUUUGAACUUGUUUAAAGAUUAAUUUCAAUUCUCUAAUUAAAAUUAUCAAAAAACAUGAAUAUUUGAAACAUCAAAUUAAAAUGCAUGCUGUCAAGGUACUUAAGGAAAACUUUUUAUGAUCUGCAGGUCAUAAAACAGAAUGUGAUAUUUGCAAUGCAGCUAGAUUUAUUUUGAAUGGUCUUUGUUUCACAACAUUUCAACAUAAAAAUCUACUCUUUUUGUGGUUUUGGCCCACCAAGUUCGUAUUUCAGCAGCAACCCAAACAAUAGGUGUAGUCUGUGUUAGGAAAGUUACUCUUUGCACUGUGGUUAAGUGUUCCUUAAGUACACAAUGGUGUCUCAGCAAAGUGAACCUGUAUGUGUUUAUGCAGGGGACUUCCUCACCUCGCAUGCUGCACGAUGGUGACUACGUGGCCACAGCCACCAUCUUGCUGGUGACUUGUAUCACUCUGAAAUAGAAACCUUUCUAGGAGUUGGUGAAUAUGAAGGGUGUUUAUGUGCCUCAAUGAAAGUAUAUGUCUAACCAUGAAGAAUCAAUUUUGAAGGAAAGUAUAUGGAGCUUUUUGCAGAAUGACAGCACAAACAGAACUAAAACAAGUAGUCAUAGCUCAGUAAUACCAGUCUCUGAAGAUUUUAACUUAAAGUACUACACAGCUCUACACCAUCCUUCCCAAUUCUUAAUUUUCUGACUAUGGUUUCCCCAUUCCUUUUUUGUAUUGAAAUUACACAGGCAAAAACUCCUUAUACUUGCUAUUUCUAACCUUUAAAUAGCCACUGGCUUCUGAAGUGAUUUAAAAUGCAGUAAAGAUUUUUACUGCAUGUCAGUUGUCCUAUGGGAAGGUGAAAUAACAGGCUCUAAGGUUCCCAAAGCAAUGUCACUGGAUAGCUCUGAAGAAAAGAUUAACUACAACUGUAAUGGAUAUUUUUUUUCUAAUAGCCACCCUAUUGGUGUCUUCCUAAAUAUUUUUCUAUCUUAUGAACUGGUCAGAGCUUAGUGAAAGUGCAGUGGAAACGCAUGUUUUUAAUGUCACAUUUAAAUUCCUAAUGAAAAUAGAGAAGUGUGUAAUGCAAAUUCGGGAGACCUAGGUACGUGCAGAUCAUCAUCCAUUUGAAAGAAAUCUUCCCUUCUCUAAUACUAAAGUCUUCCACCACUCUUCCUUCUGUAUCCUCUACUUCCUUUCUGAAGACUUCACUUCCCAUAGCUGCAGCCUGUUCAGAGAUGGAGCUUGAUCCACGCAGAUCAGAAGCGUAUCUUGGCAUAACACAUUAUUUUUUCAUUUGCUUGACUAUUUUGGCCAAAUGUAAGUUACAAGCAGUUUUACUUAAGCUUGUCAUGACUUCCAGUUGCACAGUGUCUGCCCUCUUUGAGGGAGGAAGGGUACAGAGUGAAUAUGCCUUGUCUGUGAAAUGUAUUUACAUUAGAGAGACUUCUAUAAAAGUUUUGAGGGGAAAGACGAAAAUCUGUUAGAAAUUGAUCCAGGGCCUAAAUCUUACAGUCAAAGAAAAACAAAAAAACAACCUCUCUCUUCUUGAUUUGACUUACAGUAUAGUGGUUGAGUUAGAGAUGUCAUCUUUGCCUUACAGCUAUGAACAGAGGCCAGGCCAAAUAGUUCUUCCAUAGCAAUGUUAAUUCCAAUUUCAAAGGCAGGAAUACAUUAGCACUGAAAUCCAGAAAACACAAAUUGCUUCUCAAUCUUGGAAAUGUAUGUUUAUCAAGGUUGUAAUUUAACUUUCUGCAAAUAAAGCCAAACAGUGUUUGUCAUUUUAGUGUGAGAUUAACUGUAAAACUUGAGUUGUAAUGUUAAGAGAUUAUAGAACCUUAUAUUAU